GUUCCAACAAUAUGUAUUCUAAAUUUGGGAUAUGAACAAAUAUUGGCAGAAUGUCUUACAAGAGGUAAUGAAAAAUCAGCACAAGAAUUCAUGUUGCCUAGCCCCAGAAAUACUGUAAACAUAUGUGAUCUUGGUGAAACUGGAGCUAUAGGUUCUAGUGGCAGUUCUA